ACAGUAUUUACCAGUCACGUGACUGACUUAUGUUCGAAACCUUAAUUGAAAUGCGAAUUAUUAUUAUCAAGCAGUUAAAAAUAGAGAUUGAUUGACUGACUGAUUGAUUGACUGAUUGAUUGACUGAGCCUUCUCUACGUGCAGGGCCUCACUGUGGCCGUUCAAACUCAGGGACUCCAUUGCAAGCCUGUACGCCGAUCCAAAUUACCCCAAGCAUCCACCGAACACCGUGGUACCCGACUACACCUGCGCGAUGCACUCCAAAUACGCAUGUCUGAAGGACGCCAUUUUACACCAACCACCUCUUGUGACGUCAGACUACGUGGCCUGGAUAGACAUCGGCUAUUUCCGUGACCUGGAGGGCGAUAAUAAAGAGUACUGCCUUCUCCUCCCGCCAUCAGUGACCAAGAGCGCAGUGCUGUUUAACCAGCUGACCGUGCCCGAUUUCUCCCUCACACCUCAUGACAUUUUCUACAAAAACUUUGUCUGGGUGGGCGGAGGGAUGUUCGUAGCUGCGCGUGACGUGAUGCUGAAGUUCUGUGACGAAUAUCAAAGGGCAGCAACCUUUUUUCUCACUCAUCGUCAGCUCAGCUCCACGGACCAGCAGACGCUGUACGCUUCUAUGACGUAUGAAGGUCGGCGUGACGUCAACUUGACGGUUGACAUUCAGGUGGAGCCAGGAGAGCAUGACUGGUUCGAUCUGGGAUUAUCCGUCCUUCGUGAAAUUGACAGUUGAUCCCUACUCUACUAGAAACUUUAGUCUGGAAACUAUGGAAAUACAUCUGGAAGAAGGUUGAGAUCUGAAAGCUACGUGCAGUAACCUUUCAUCAUCAUCGUCGUCGUCGUCGUCGUCCUCAAGAGUCACCAGAGUCAAGAGUCCUCAGUCAUGAUCGUCGUCGAACCCUGGCAAGCAGGAUGUAUGUGCUUGAUGACCGCUGGGCCACUGAGUGCUAGGGUUUCUAGAGGAUUAGCUGAUGUGAAGAUAAGAAUUUUUAUGGCUUUUCAAGUCGAGUGGCAGUCGCCACUUCAGUAUUUAUGAUCAGGGUGCAAAUCUAGUCCGGCACUGUACACAGGAGAGACAGAGAAAUGUAAAAAAGUGGAAAAAUACUGUUGACAAAUUGGUUCAUAUGAUUAAAUAUAAAUCAAUGUUUGUUCUCCAGAGGAAAUCCGUCCUCGUCUUGGGAUGUUGAACCCGUCUUCACUUAUUUAUGACUCCAGGGGAAAUAACCGUGUACUUUUGUGCCAAUGGAUUAUCUCCCUUUUUGUAGGUUAUUGCUAUUCUACAACAAUUUUUGUGUUGUGAUGUGCAAAUGUUUGUAUUUUUAGGGGCUUUUCGAGGAAACUAGUGCCUUGCUAACUGCUAGCUGGACAUCUAUGAUCUCGGCUGCCAGGCAGUCAAACCUCUCGAUUCCAAAGGUUUUUCGAAGACUAAGAAAGUUUUUGCACAGUGAAGUGUUCGCUAAAAUAAAAUCCUUUCAGCUA